CGCCCCUCUGGCCACGCCCCACCGCGUGGCGCGAGCGGUUUGCGCUGCCCGCGGAGCCGGGACCAUGGAGGAGCCGCGCGGGGCCGCUGGGAGCGCGGGCUCCCCCAGGCCCAGCUGCCCCAGCCCCAUGGAGCCGCCCGCCUCAGACCAGACCACGCUGGAGAAGAUGCCCGUUGUGCCCUCCAGCUCUGCCACGCCUUGGAUCCUGGGUCGCCCCUCGGCCGGGGCCCUGUCCUCCGUCACCGUGCCCGUCCGGCUGGACACCCUCGCCUACCUGCUCAACAGCGCCCUCCUGAGGGCCUACUCGGCCGUGCCGCAGACGCCCCUCUCCUGCGGCCACGGGGCAUCGGCCAUGGGCCACGGCGGGCCUCCCCCGCGUGCACUGGGCUGCGGGUGUCAGCCACACUACUGCUGCGGCCCCCAGCCAGCUUGUGCCAACUCCCAGCCGGCUUGGGAGGGGUGCUGUGGGUCUGGCGCCGUGGGGCAGAGCAGCGCCGGCUGCUCCCAAGAGAUGCACGGGGGCCGCGACGACUGGCAAGACUCCUCUGCGAGACGGGACCAGCGAGGGACUCCGUUGCUGAGUGGCUGGGGGGAGAACCGGCGAGCGAGGGAGCAGAAAGAUUUCUGUCGGCCCGGGGGGUGGCAGAGGCCGUGGGGCAAGGCAGACUCUGCCCCGGGCAAGGCAGACUCUGCCCCACACAAGGCUGGGCAGUGGGGCCCGGGGAGAGCCCAGGGCUCAGAUUAUGCGGCCAGGAAGCGGAACCAAGAUGGCUGCCUGUUGGAUGCCCCUGGGGCGAAGAGAUGGUCUAGUGGAGGGGCGAAGAGAUGGGGGUCCGGUGCAGGGAAAACCGAAGCAGCCAAAGCUGCCAGGGAAGAUUGGGAGGCAGAUUAUGGGGGAUCCACCACCCGAGGGAGCGUCUUGGGGAAAGCCUGGUCCUCCCAGCCCAACCUCCCAGCUUCCCAGGAAGGAGAAGACUGGGAAAAGGAGUAUGAGGAGUCCCCCAAAUCGGCACCGGGGGUUCCCCCUCUUCCACAGGUGGCUUUGAAGGUUCAACCGGCCUCCCGCCAGGAGAGGACAACGCCCCGCCCCACUAGCAGGGACGGCAGCUUCUCCAGCUAUCUCCAUAAGCUCAUCGCCGACCUGCCCGGGGGCUCCAGCCAGGAGAGACAGCCCCCUGGAGGCGCCGCCGGCUGUGGGACACGGCCCCCGGGAGGAGGAGGAGGAGGCCUGAGUGGCCAGGGGUCUGCCAAGCUCGGCGAUUUCAUGGCCAGGCGCGUUGACCUCCCCAGAGCCGCCACGGAGAACGAGGACAGAGCGUGAGCCCUGGGCCGUGGAAGGGCCCAUCGGGGCUCCCUCCUGGGCCGAAGCUGGGGCCUCGUGGUUCUCCCAUCAAACCGGCCACCCGUUGCUGACUCCACCAGCCCACAGGGCUCGGCCGUUCAGCCAAGGGUUGGUUUGUUAAUAACCCCGUUCUUUUUCAUCCUCCAGCUUCGGCCCAUGAUCCUCCAUUCCUAACCUGCCUCAACAAGUCUUCUACCCAUGAUCCUCCCUAGCUGUCUACCCAUGAUCCUCUCUUCCUGGCCCUCUACCCAUGAUCGUGGGCCCCAAACAAGCUUUCUAUCCAUGAUCCUCCUUUCCUAGCCCUCUACCCAUCCUCCAUUCCUAACCUGCUCCAACAAGUCUUCUACCCAUGAUCCUCCCUUCCUAACUGUCUACCCAUCAUCCUCCAUUCCUAGCCCUCUGCCCAUCAUCCUCCAUGCCUAACCUGCCCCGACAAGUCUUCUACCCACAGUUCUCCACUCCUAGCCCUCUACCUGUGACCCUCCACCCCAAAUAAGCCUAUUCCCCAUGAUCCUCCAUUCCCAACCUCUUGUCUUUCUCUGUCCAAAGAUUUUGAUGUUGGUUUAGGUUUAAGAAUGAUCAGAAAUGGGGGGUUUGCCUAAAGAGCAACAGAUGGAGCCAGAUUUCUGUUGUGUUUGUCUCUUUUAAUUUGUUACUUUCCAAGAUUUGGUUGUGAAACAAACCCAAAUCCCCUGUCUUCUCCCCCAGAGUGCCAGGGCACGGGGGUUUGGUAUCAUUUUGUUACUAACUGGAACCUUUGCUUGUAUGUCCGGGUCAGGAAACGAAACUCAAAUUAGUCCCCUCCGUGUUCUGCAAAGUAACGCUGUGGUUUGUGUCAUGUGCUUAGCGUGGAGUGGACACGUACAUGUCACGCAGGGCUCUACCGUGACCUGCCUCGCGUCACAAGAUCAGGGCCUAAAUUUGUGACGUCAAAGGUCUGGAGAUUAGUACAUAUUCCGUGCAUUUUUACACACACGCAUACCCCCGAAAUCUUACUCUGUGUCAUCACGGGUGGUAUUUCUCAAGUUUUGUGGUUUUCUUUCUAGGUUUAAAACCAUGCCAAGGGCCAGGCUGUUUGGAAGCCUUGUUAAGAGUUGACUCCCUGACGGCGUUAAGUUGUGUUUGCAAAGAGAGUUGGAUUGUGAGUUGUUUGAACGUGUUGAAACCUUUCUCUGGGAAGACUGAGUUUGAACUCAGCUCUCUGUGUAAGUCUGUAUCGAUUGCAUGGGGGAGCCAGUCGCUCUGCUAACUACCCCAGAACUCAGGGAGGCCAGGCGAUCGAUUGCUAAAAUAUAGAUGUUAGGCAGUAAAAUUUCUCUCGGAGAUUGAAAAAAGUGAGUGUCACUUAUCGCAUAUGCUGUGUGUGUCAUAUCUGCAGUAUAACUUCUGUGCGAUACAAAGGACAAAAUGGUGAAUUUGACGUACUGCAUUUAUGAUCUAGUAACCAUGCGACUCUCCCCUUUUCACCGCCGUGGAUCCCCGAGAACUGCACCUAGAACUGUCAUUGUGCUUUAUACAAAACUUCAAUCUGAUUUGUUGCAUCGAAGACAUCUAGAUGCAAUCAUAGGAAUGUGCUGGCUUAACUAUAUAGCCCAGGAAAAUGAUAUUGUCGUGAUCUCUAAGCAAAACAAUCCUACCCAUUCUCUGCCAUAUGUAGAGAUUAAAAUAGUGAAUGUGAACGAUUUAAUAUUUGAAUUAUUGCAGCGGUAUCCCAGAGACAUUAUAUUGCCCAUAGAGUUCUGCCUUGUGCUAUCAAGAGGUUUAAUUUCCAUAUGACUUGUUUGCACGUGUGACGUCGAGGCGUGUUAAUCGAAAUCCAGCCCUUUCAUCUAUAUUGCAUGUACAUUAUAUCGCAUAUCCGAUGCAUAUUGCACAGAAAUUAUAUUGCUGUGAUCUCUGACAGGCAAUAUCCUGUGUGUGCUAGGCAGAGGUUAAAAGGGGGGAUUUGACUGAUUUCGUGUAUCGUGUAUUAUAUGACAACGUACAUAUGCAGUUGGUCAACUUUGCCAUUUUAAUACACAGCACAGAGCAAUGACACUACUCAGCGAGAAGGCAAGUGCUUUCUGUAACUCCGUAUCGCGGCGAGAAAUGAUACUGCGUAUGUGACUCCUCCAGCAGCGGCUUCUGACCCCGAUGGAUGAUGCCUCAGACACGCCUGGUUCUGAACACCAGCGAGCGUUAUUGUGGGGUAAUCACAUGGGGGGGUAUAUUGAACAGAGGCCCUGAGACAUUAAGAGCAGAAGAUGCCUUCACGUUCAUCCCGAAGGUGGCUCCUUCGAAUCCGAGGAGCAAAGUUAUGGGGCUUGGGGGUGGUUAAGUCCCUGGUUUGUUUGUUCUUAAGAGAUCAUUCGCAUGGUGCGUGUGUUUUGCCUCAGAUCUUCUGGGGUGUUGUGUCUUGAAAGGGGACCGAGGUGGGAUCCCUCAGGACGGGAGCCUAGGACCGGCAACCAGUGCCCCCCAGUGGGCGCGGUGGCUGGGACCCGAAUUGGACCCCGGAGAGUGGACACUCGGGAGGCUUCAGAAUAACUGUCAUUUAAUGCAACGUAGGAAAUGUUGGCGUGUGCUGAGUUCUGUGCCAUUGGGAAUAAAGGUGUUUGUACUUGG